AUGCGCCCUGAUCUGCUGGAUAAUGGACCACCUGGCGCAAUUGGUGUUGCAAAUCCCUCCGGUUGGAUCAAUGAGGAAUUAUUUGGCACGUGGUUUGACCAUUUUUUGAAAAUAGUAAGGCCAGAAGUUCGCCCUGAACCCGUUCUACUCAUUCUAGACGGGCACACGUCCCAUACAAAAAAUCUCUCCGUAAUUAUGAAAGCUAGAGAAAAUAACGUCAUCGUUUUGUCGUUGCCUUCACAUACCACCCACAAACUACAACCGCUUGAUGUCGCCGUGUUUAAAAGUAUAAACUCAUUCUAUGACCAAGCCGUGUCUACAUGGUUAACUCAGCAUCCUGGAAGGAUUGUAACAGAAAGAGAGAUCCCAGAGUUGUUUAAUCAAGCGUAUGGUAAAGGAGGUACCAUCCGUAAUGCUGUGUUCGGCUUUAAGAAAUGUGGAAUAUUUCCCUUUAAUCCCGACGUCUUUACAGACCAAGACUUCAUCGCAUCUAUGGUAAAUGAAACCGAGUUCCAUUCUAUUGCAGAUGAAAGGAAUUUGCAAGAUCAAAAAGGUACAGAAGAUGCGCAAAAAGAUCAAGUAAAUAGUACUCAUAAGGAUGCAGGAGAUGAUGAUGUGAUGUGGGGACAAGUUUUCAUUCAAUUCAAUCGAAUAAGACCGAUCUAA